GAUGGGACAGGGUUUUUGGUUAAAAAAAAAUUGAGGUAUAAUGGACAUACAAUAAAUCGCGCAUUUAACGUGUACAAUAGGUAAGUUUUGACAAAUGUGUACAUACGUGAGAUCAUCACCCGUGAUGGGAAAACGUAAGGGCUGCAAAUAAAGAUUUCAGUUUCCCUUCUAGAAGAACACGUGUCUGGAACGAUUCAGUCUAAGGAAAUCCAAGAGUAUCGUGUGAAUGGUGAUGUGGGACCUGAGAUGUAAAGGGAGACUCUGGGCUCACUACUGGGCAGGCAGGGUCACCUGGCCAGAAUCACUGUUUGUGUCACCGUGUCGGAGAUACCCCGGUCACGAUCGGGAAACUGGUCUAGCUGGCGCCCCAACAGCCGUCCGGAUUUUCCGCAAUGUCCAAAUCCGUCUUGGGAACCCACAGGGGAGGAGCCAAGCUCCUAAAACCGCACCCCCAUCAGAGGGAGGAAGUGCGUCAGCGCCAGACUCCAGAAGGCCCCGCCCCUCGAGGCCUUCCGGGGCAUCUUGGCUCCCGGCAUGCAGCGCGCCCGUCCGGGGCUCCUGGAAGUGCGUGGAGGGCACCGGCAGGAAGGCGGAAGUGUGGAGGCUUCCGGUCAGCGUGGUCUGCGUGCCAUCUGCGAGUUUCUGACUUUCCUGAUGACAUGAAGAUGGAGACUGAUAUUAAGAGAAACAAAAAGAGUCUUCUAGACCAGCAUGGACAAUACCCCAUAUGGAUGAACCAGAGACAAAGGAAAAGGCUGAAGGCAAAGCGAGAAAAAGGGAAGGGGAAAAGCAAAGCAAAAGCAGUAAAGGCAGCAAAGGGUUUGGCCUGGUAGACUCUUUAAAAAUUUGAGAAAUCCUACAUGGGACAGGUCUUCGAUUAGAAUGUAUACGUGGAUUUCAGCUUUCACCAAAUGAAAACUGUGUUUCCAGAUUUAACUUGGCCUUUCUCUUCAAACCCAACUUAACUCCUCAAAUUUGUUUUGGGAGCUUGAUAAAAUAUUUUCUUUGAUAAAUGAAAGCGACACCGGUAUUUUAAUUGGAUGCUGUCCAAUGUGCAGGGGUUCUCAGACUUCAAAAUUCUAUUAAGUGUUACUGUGGUUGUAAUUGUUUGGUCUCCAUAAAGAUAAAAGAAGAUAUUAUACUGACACAUUUCAGCUAAUUCAGGUUUAAAGAAAACUUACACAACUAAAAAUAUGUCAGUGGAUCUUAUAAGCACUACUUGUUUAGAGUUUUGAUUUUGUUUAAUUCAGAAUAAAAGAUAUUUUGUCUAGA